AGGGGCGGGGCCUUGUGUUGCUGGGAGACGGAGUGGCGCAAGCGCGCUGGCGGUUGCUAUUUCUCUAAGAGUGUGGGGUUUUGCUGAGUUUGACAAUGGCGAGUGGCCAGAGGCCCCCAUCGUCGGCCCGCCCGAUGAGUAAAGGAGGCCUAGCGAGGCCACCGAUGACUGCAGCCCGUGCUCCGACAUCAGCGCUCCGUAUCGGUACCGGGAUAUCUCCUGGAACAGCAAGGCCUGGAACUCGAGGUGGCCCUGUAAUGGCUGGAGGUGUGCUUUCUGCUCAGAUUAAAGUUGCAGAUCGUCCUGUAACUCAGCAGGGUUUGAGUGGAAUGAAAACUGGAAUGAAAGGCCCUCAUCGUCAGAUUCUCGAUAAAUCCUACUUUCUUGGAUUGCUCAGAGCCAAAAUAAAUGAACUUACAACAGAAGUCAGCAAGCUACAAAAAGAAAUUGAUACAUUUAAUCAAGAAAAUUCUGUUUAUCUAUCCUACGAAAAGAGGGCUGAAGCUUUGGCAGUGGAAAUAAAAGAUUUGCAGGGGCAACUAGCAGACUACAAUAUGUUAGUAGAUAAGCUGAAUACCAAUACUGACAUGGAAGAAGUAAUGAAUGACUAUAACAUACUAAAAGCACAGAACGAUCGAGAAGCACAGGGUAUGGAUGUAAUUUUUACAGAACGACGAGAAAAAGAAGACCUCAUUCGCGUCAUUGAUGAAGAAAUUGAACGAGAAAAACAAGUUGCAGAUACCAUCAUCAAAAACAUGACUGAAGACAAACAAGCCAAGUUUAUGAAAAUGAAAUCAAUUAAUGAGCAUUUAUUACAGGAGUUGGAUGCUCGGCAACAAGAACUAGACAUAUUGAACACAAAAAAGGAAACACUCGUGGCUGAGAUAGCUCACUCCCAGGUGAAACAGGAAGCCGUAGUGCUGUAUGAGAAACUCCAUGAGCUUGAAUCUCAUCGAAGCCAGAUGAUUGCAGAGGAUAAGAGUAUAGGAUCACCACAGGAGGAGAGAGAACGACUACUGAAGCAGGUUAAAGAAGAUAACCAGGAAAUAGCAAGCAUGGAAAGACAACUUACUGAGAUGAAGGAGAAAAUUAACCAGGUAACGGAAGAGAUUCGACAUCUUGACAUGGAUUUGGAAGAGCAUCAAGGUGAAAGAAAUCAGAAAUACAAAGAGCUAAAGAAAAGAGAAGAAACAAUGGAUGCAUUCCUAGAUACCUAUGAAGAAAUCAAAAACCAAGAGUUGGAGCGAAAGUCUCAACUUGAAGCUAGUAUUGUAGCUCUUCUUGAACACACAAGCCGGAAUAUGAAUCGAAUGAGACAGAUCUCCUCGAUAACAGCUCAUGAACUGAAGUCAAUGCAGGAGGAUCUGAGUUUCAAGGAAACUGAAAUGCAGAAAUCCCAAACAACUGCCAAGGGCUUGACUGAUGAGAGCCAACGGCUGCAACAGGAUCUUCAGAAGGUUGAACAACUGGAAAGCAAGAUUGGUGCAGAGUUAAGUUCUUUAAAGGAAAAGAUCCAGCACAUCACAGAUGCUCUGCAAACCUAUAAUGACUUGGACGGACUAAAAGCUGCUGGAGAGGAGAAAAAGAAGAAACUUCAGGAGGAGAAAGUGACACUGACACAAAGCAGAAACAUCUUUAAGAAGGUAAUGCAGCAAGUCUCAAAAGAAUACGAUACUCUGAAGAUUCAGCUACAGGAAAAUGAGACCCAUGCACAGCUCAUGAAUCUGGAACGUAAAUGGCAGCACCAUGAACAGAACAACUUUGUUAUGAAAGAAUUCAUUGCUACAAAGGGUAUGGAGAGUGACUACCAGCCAGUGGUGAAGAAUGUGACUAAACAACUUGCAGAAUUCAACAAAAUACUUCAAGAGGCUCUUCAAAACAGCAGAAACUGAUCCAAACUCCUUCCUGACUAAUCUGGAAGGACAUUAAAGAAUUCAUUUUUUAUAAUUGUACAAUUUUCAGUCAAGGAUAGUACUUUAUAGUUGCAUAACAAUUUUUCUUACCACAAUUUAGCAUUUUUCCAUUCUUAUUUCGUUCUGCAUUUUAUUUUCUAUUAAAAAACUUAUUGCACUCAAGUUCUUUGCACCAACAAUAAAAUAUUGUUCCAGUACAUUUUGUUUUACAUUGGAUUGAAUCUGACCUCCACGAACUUGUAGGUCCUGAAUCUGGGGAAAUAGCAUGCAAGACUGUAACGUGCAUGAUCAAGCUUAGAAAGAAGUAAAACAUCUCUUUCCUUAUGAAUCAAACAAUUAGAUAGGUUCAUGUACUUGAAAUACUUGGAAAUAAAAUAGUUAAGCUAGCAGUACGUUAAGAGGAAACCAUUAGCUGAACUCUGUGUGAUGGUUACUUUGAACCAAUGAUACCAGUAUUUCACAAAAACUAUUUGCUGCAUGCUGCUGACAUGAUUAGACAUGUUUCUGUGUUGCAGCUUGCAUGUACCUCCUUGUAUUUGAAUGUGAGAAGAUAUUUAUUGAACAACAAAAACAUAAGAACUAGGAGCAGGAGUAUGCCAUCUGGACCAU